GCCGGCAAUUUCAAUCUGGAAGAUGAGGACCUUGUUUGCAGCGACGCUGCUGGUCGUGGUCAUCGUACAGCUGGCAGAGGCUCAGACUUUCCAGUACAGCAGAGGUUGGACUAAUGGCAAGCGCAGCGGUGAUGACCCGACAAAAAAUGGCGGAGGGGAAGACGCUUUAGUAACAGCAGCGCGAUCACUACGCGGCAACGGCAGGUGGCCGACUGACCAGCAACGUCUCCUUCAGCAGUCACGAUCACAGUCUUACAAGAAUUUAGAAAGCCGCAUGGUGGCACUGGAAUCAAUUCUCCUGAACCUCAUUUCGUCCCUCCCUUCUCCCGCCAAGGACAUCGCAAUGCUGACCGAUAAACGCCCCUCCGGACCUGCGGAUUACUACACGGACCAGUAACUCUUUUCUUCUCGAACUGAACCAAUUCAUGCGGCUACGGUUGCACAGAUCUAUAUUUGAUACAGACGUAGACAUUAACAUUGAGACAAAAAUUGUACAAUUAUUAGUUUCCGAAGUCUGCAACACUUGGCGAUUUGGUUUCAUAUUUGGGAAAUUUAAUGGCAUCCUUUGUUAACGAACUUGGUCGUUGCGCCAAUAUUUUAUUCAAUUUUCAUUUUAAAAUUUAUUUCACUCUCAGUCUUAUACAUUUAUGCAUGAAAACUAAAUAAAAACAAACUUAUUAAUUUCUCGAAAUGUCAUUUAUAUCAUCUACGUUAUUGAAUAACUAAAUGAGUACAAUAAUGAGAAAGUUCUGAACGGCGCAAUAACGAUGAGUGGAACAUCCAAGUUCAAUCAUGCGCAGGAGUUUUAUUUAAAAGACUGACAGUGCUUCAUAAUAUUUAUUUCUGAAAGCUUCACCUCUUGGGAACGUUUGAACUCAGCUGAUAAUAAGUGAAAUAUAGGGCCAUAGUCAGAAAGUCAGUCUGAAACUGUUUUCUUAGUUUCUAAGUUGUCUCAAUCAUAGUUUAUGAAAUCAUCUUAGUUUUGUUAUCCACCAUUCUUGGUUUUCUGAAAUUAUCUUAAUUUAUUUUUCAGUUCAGUUUUCUGAAAUUGUCUAUCUCUAAGUAUUUUUUUGCACCAGUCAUACUUUUUUUUAAAUAAUUUUUUCCCCCGAUCAUUCUUAGUUUUUCUAAUAUUUCUCCACCAUUCUUAAUUUCCUCAAAUUAUCUAAGUUUUUCGUCACUAUUAUUAGUUUUCUGAUAUCUUCACCACUUGGCAACGUUUGAACUAAACUGAUAAUAAGUGAAAUGAUACAGGAGAAUUCUAAGCAGUUUUCGUAAGAGCUAUUCGAUAUUUAGACAUUCUUGUUAGGGACAUAUAAAAAAAAGUAACCGCAAUGAAUUAAGUGAGUGUGAAAAUUUGUGCGAAUAAAAAUCAAAUAGUAUUAUAGGUAAUACUAUUUAUUAUGGUUUCUUAUGGGAGAUACUGACAAUUUCAUUUAUUGAGGACUCGUUUUCCUAGAUGUCGGCUUAGAUGGCCAUGAGUUGUUAUCAUUCACUUGUUCAAAGUCUGUAAUCGGCUUAUCGUUUUAAAAUCUUAAAUUCUGCACCGACGAAGAAUAUUCAGCAUUGUAUUUUUUCUUUGCAUAGGGACAAAUGUAGGUGACAUAUAUCCAAGGUGUUUUUCAUUUACUACACAAAGCGUUCCUUGUCGUAAAUUUAAGAAUUUAUACGUAUCUUAUCGUUGAUAUCAUGAUAAGAUGUUUCAACUGAUUAGAAAACAGUCGUGGCUCAUUCACAACACAAUGGCAGCUCCACCUUGUGAUGACUCACAAAUAUACUUCACUAUAUCGUCUCACUCUACUAGUCGAA